AUGGUAAAUUCAUCACCUUACAUACGCUGUCUAGAUGCUCGAUUUUAUCUUAAAAUGAAUUUAUCGUUUAUCGUUUAUCCACCACCAUCACAAUUAAAAAUCGAUGCCUCCAUCGUUUGGAGUAUUCUUUUAACGGCAAUUCUUGUCAUUAAUAUCACUCUACUUGGAAUUAUCUGUGCUAAAUCGUCUUUGAGGAUCCUAAAUAAUAUUUUGGUAGGUAGCCUAUGCAUAGCCAACAUUUUAUUCUGUGUUUUCUACAUUCUUCCAGCGAAGGUGAUCCUGAUUGGUAAUUCAAUAAUACCAUUUACCAAUAUUUAUUGCCAGUUAUCUCAUACCGUUUUUCAACUUGCUUUCUUCUGUUGUAUCAAUUUUCACAUUAGUUCAAUCAGUUUAGAUAAGCUGAUUAACGUAGCAUUACCAUUUUGGUAUGAUCAAAACAGAAAAUAUAAAUUAAUUAUGUUUGCAGCUAUUCUGUUUACUUGUUGGGUAUUGCCUACAUUUAUGGCAUUUCUACCAUUUAUGAUAAGCUGGUGGCGUAUUUGUCCAUAUUUUUGCGUCAUAUCUGAAAGAAAAGCUGAUCGUAUCUUAAAUUUGACAAUUUGGCAUACAUUUUGGCCUAUAUUCAUGUUUUUGAUGCCAACAGUGAUAACUGUUACUUUCUAUGGUAGAAUUUUUACUAUCGCUAGAAAUCAUGAUCGAAGACUGCGAGCUGGGAGUCUACCAUCAUCAGAGCGGCGUAUUAUUACGCGAUCUGGAGUGAAAGCAGCUAAAACGGUUAUUAUUAUCGUCGGAGUUUAUCUUCUUUUUCAGAUGCCCUAUCAUAUAUUCCAGGUUAUUAACGUUCUCGAUAGGGACUUAUCCCGCGCUGCCAAUAAAUAUAACCUACGUGAAUGGUUGCUAUUUUUAGCCUCAUGUAAUUCUGUUUUUAGUCCAAUUAUUUAUGGAUGUCAUGAUUUACAUUUACGCAAUGCUUUAAAAUCUCUAAGUUGCUUUAAACCACUGAAGAAGUUGUGGAAAGCUUCUUCUUAG